UCCCCCAUCAGCCCCGGCACAAGGCGGGCAGCCGCUCUUUUCGCGCCGAGCUGGGAAUUCGGCCGACAUUGUUAGUUGCGUGUUCCGAGACUUGGGCUGAGCCACGCACAACAAUAUUAAGCAGGAGCAGCAAUUUCAACGAGAACCUCUCCGUUCGUCUUUCUCUCUCCACCGACGCUCCAUUAGUCCUAAAUACCGGCUCUUAUUUUUUAAAAGCGUUACUAUCUUUAAAUUGUUUUUUUUUCUUUUCCGUUUCGACGUCUCGGGGUCCCCCCUCCACCUUAGCGCUCUCGCUAUUUUUUUUGCUGCUACCCCCCCCUCCUCCUUCCUCUUUUUACACAUACACACGCACACCUCGUGCGUCUCCUUGUCGAGAUGGACAUGAAGAAGAGAGUACACCUGGAACUGCGCAACAGGACCCCGGCACAAGUGAAAGAGCUUGUGCUUGACAACUGUCGGUCAAAUGACGGCAAGAUCGAAGGGCUGACGGGGGAAUUUGGAGAGCUUGAAUUCCUCAGUAUGAUCAACGUCGGUCUCAUCUCGGUGGCCUACCUUCCCAAGCUCGCUAAGCUUAAAAGGCUGGAGCUAAGCGACAACCGGAUUUCCAAUGGCCUUGACGUUCUGGCUGAGAAAACCCCAAACCUGACCUACCUCAACCUCAGUGGCAACAAGAUUAAAGACAUCAGCACCCUGGAGCCCCUGAAAAAGCUAGCAAGCCUCAAGAGCCUGGACCUCUUCAACUGCGACGUCACAAACCUAAACGACUACCGUGACAGUAUUUUCAAACUGCUGCCCCAGCUGACGUACCUGGACGGGUUCGACCGCGAUGACCAGGAGGCUCCAGACUCUGAUGGUGACAUUGAUGGUGAGGAUGAUGAAGAAGAGGAUGGAGAGGAUGUUGAGGAUGGAGAGGAGGAGGAUGAGGAGUUUGAUGAGGAAGAGGUUGGAGUAGAGGAUGAGGAGGAUGAAGAUGAAGAAGAUGGAGAAGAGGCCGAGGGUAGUGAAGAUGAGGAUGAUGACGAUGAAGAUGAGGAUGAUGAAGACGAGGAAGAGGAAGAAGAUGAAACCAAUAAGGGACAAAAACGGAAGCGUGACGUUGACGAUGAGGGAGACGAAGAAGAUGGUGAAGAUGGAGAAGAUGACGAGUGAAGAUAAUUAAGAGAAUUAACAAAUUUAAAAUAAACCGGCUCAGCCAAUCACAACUGAGAACAGGGCUUGGCCAAUUGGAAAGUGCGGACACUGUUGCUUUGAGAGAAAACAAUUUUGAAGCAAAAAAGGAAAAAAAAUGUGAGUUAUUUUUAUGCGGCCUUAGUUUUUUUUCUUCCGUGAUUUCUCCUUUGCUCGGUGUUUUGACUGUUUCUUAAAGUAUUUAAUAAAGACAAAUUGUGUUGGCUUCUGGAGCAACAGAAGUAGUGUCGUUAUGCUGUGCCGCCCUGGUCUGAUGAGUUGUGAUUGGUCGACAGUGUUAGACGUUGCCUUGACGUGUUACAGGCUUUUAUACUCUGUAUGUAAGGGUGAUGACGAUGUAAAUAGCCAGAUGACAGUAACCGUAAUGACCAAAGCCCCCCCACCCGACCCAGAUUUUCAUUUUGCAGGGAGCCCAUCCAUCUCCACCCACCUGCCAUCCUUGCGUGCCCUGUCUGUCUGCAGUGACAUUCUUUGUGGAAGCAUUUAGGUUGUCUUCCUUGUCCCAUUUUUGCCAAAUUUGAUUGUUCCUCGCUUUUCAGGUAGCAGUCCUCGUCAAGAGCCUCUUUCUGUACAUAUGACUUGGACAGACUGAUGGAUUAUGGUUUCGGUGUCAUCACAGCAGCAGUCAAUGAAAUAGGGGAUAGUAAAUAUUGGCAGUUUUAUACCAAGCAAAUGAAAUGGUAGGAUAGGAGGAUAGGUUAAGUGUAGCUUUUUGUGAUUAAAUGUAGGUUUGCUCCGCCUGUGUUAUUUCCCCCCCCCACUUCCCUCAGUACGUCUGCACUGCAGGUGUGCUUAUCACUGUCUGUACCGAGUGUGGCUGUGAACGGUGUUGUGCUGAAGAACUGAAUGACCGGUUUUAUUUUAAUCCGAGUAGGUUUUUUCCUUUUUGAGAUUGAAUGGGUUGUUGACUUUCCACUGUCAUACUAAUUUCAAUAAAUUUUAUAUAACAAAAGUGGUAUUCGCGAUGGGGACUUUGUUUAAAAAUAAAAUGGGGGUAAGCUUCGUGUUACCAUGAACGACAUAAUUCAAUAUUGCUUCUGUGUGAGGUGACUUGUGAUAAAGAUGUGCAGUAAAACAUUCAGGGAUUUUA